AAAGAGUAAAAGAGGUAAAAGCAUCAAUUUCAAACGUUAAUGGCGAUGUCUGCGAUAGGAAUCUCGAGGAUUCCCUCCUCGAAUCACUUGAAUCUUGUCGACAAACCAAACACACCUUUCCUCAAAUCCGUAGACCGAAACCUCUCCUCUUCUUCAUCUUACCUCGCCGGUGAUAAGAUUCCACUCAAAGCGAUUUUCCGUCGCCCGAAGAAUGCUCCAAAUGCCAAAAUUCCUUUCUUGGUUUCUCCUAAAGCGGUUUCUGACUCCAAGAAUUCGCAGACGUGUCUCGAUCCUGAUGCUAGCCGUAGUGUUCUGGGAAUUAUUCUUGGGGGUGGAGCUGGGACCCGCCUAUAUCCCCUUACCAAGAAGAGAGCAAAGCCUGCUGUUCCACUGGGAGCAAACUACAGACUGAUUGACAUUCCUGUGAGCAAUUGCUUGAACAGUAAUAUAUCAAAAAUCUAUGUUCUCACCCAGUUCAAUUCUGCAUCUCUUAACCGCCACCUAUCCCGGGCAUAUGCCAGUAACAUGGGAGGGUACAAAAAUGAAGGUUUUGUUGAAGUUCUUGCCGCUCAGCAGAGCCCUGAGAACCCCAACUGGUUUCAGGGUACUGCUGAUGCUGUAAGGCAGUAUUUAUGGCUGUUUGAGGAACAUAAUGUUAUGGAAUUCCUGGUUCUUGCUGGGGAUCAUUUAUACCGAAUGGAUUAUGAGAGGUUUAUUCAAGCACACAGAGAAACUGAUGCUGAUAUUACUGUGGCUGCACUUCCGAUGGAUGAAAAACGUGCCACUGCAUUUGGACUCAUGAAGAUUGAUGAAGAAGGACGGAUAAUUGAAUUUGCAGAGAAGCCAAAAGGAGAACAAUUGAAGGCAAUGAAGGUUGAUACUACCAUCUUAGGCCUUGAUGAUGUGAGAGCUAAAGAGAUGCCAUACAUUGCUAGUAUGGGUAUAUAUGUUGUCAGCAAAAAUGUCAUGUUGGAGCUACUCCGUGAGAAAUUCCCUGGAGCUAAUGAUUUUGGAAGUGAAGUCAUUCCAGGUGCAACUUCCAUUGGAAUGAGGGUGCAAGCUUACUUGUAUGAUGGAUAUUGGGAGGACAUUGGUACCAUUGAAGCAUUUUAUAACGCAAAUUUGGGGAUUACCAAAAAGCCAAUACCAGAUUUCAGCUUUUAUGAUCGUUCUUCUCCAAUUUAUACACAACCACGGUAUUUGCCUCCUUCCAAAAUGCUUGAUGCUGAUGUCACAGAUAGUGUUAUUGGUGAGGGUUGUGUGAUUAAGAACUGCAAGAUUCACCAUUCUGUUGUUGGGCUCCGUUCUUGCAUCUCAGAGGGUGCGAUUAUAGAAGAUACACUGCUAAUGGGAGCAGAUUAUUAUGAGACGGAUGCUGAUAGGAGGUUCUUGGCUGCAAAAGGUAGCAUACCAAUUGGUAUUGGCAAAAACUCUCACAUCAAGAGGGCCAUUAUUGACAAGAAUGCUCGCAUCGGAGACAAUGUGAAGAUCAUUAACAGCGACAAUGUGCAAGAAGCUGCUAGAGAAACAGAUGGGUACUUCAUCAAGAGUGGAAUCGUCACAGUAAUUAAGGAUGCUUUGAUACCCACUGGAACCAUCAUCUAAAACCACUUCGAAUUCUUCCCACAAUGUAUAAAGAGAGAACCCACGUACUGUUCUCUAGUUUUGGGCCCGAAAACCAAUGUAAUAAGAGUUCUAUCUUCCUUAUAAUCUCUUGCUUUUGGAUCCUGAGGGACAAUGUUUAUGCACUAGGCAGUGCUAGGUAUUUUAGCAGUGACUUGGUACUUUAGCCUCGUUGGUAUUGUAUAUUUAUUUUACUUUUACCUUUAUGAGGAGAAUCUCCUGAGGCUGCAAAGUCCAUGUUUCUA